AUAGAAAACCCACAAAAUAAAAAGCAAGACUUUUCUAGAAAUUUAUCUGAACGGUUAAAACAAACCAGUCAGUUAAAUCAAGAAAAAAAUAAUCCGCAAGAACAAUUGGCUCAAUCAGAAGUUGAUAUUCAAGAAUUGAAAUUUCAACAAGAAAAUACUUUCAGGACCCUAAUUACUUGUUUGCAAAAUGAAAAGCAAGGCUUUUCUAGCAAUUUAUCUGAAUGGUUAAAACAAACCAGUCAGUUAAAUCGAGGAAAAAAUAAUCUGCAAGAUCAAUUAAAAGCUGAUAUUAAAGCAUUAACAUUUCAACAAAUUCAAUUCCGAAUUAAUUAUAAGAAAACGGAAGAAAAUUUUAUUAAGCUAGAGAAGUUUGCUGAAACUAAUUAUCAAUUUUCUCAAAAUGAAUUAAAAGAAACGAUUUUAGCAUAUAAAUCGGAAUUAGUUAAUUUACAACUACAAAAUUUUCAAUUGGAACAAAAUUAUCAAGAUUUGAGAUUUAACUCAACUGCACAAAUUAGAGAAUUUGCGGAAAAAGAAAAUACUUUACAGUCUCUAAUUACUUGUUUGCAAAAUGAAAAACAAGCUUUAAUUGAACAAAAAGAGCAAUUAGAAAAUCAAUUAAAUCAAUUUCGAAUUAAUUAUGAACAAAUAGAACAAGAAAAAAUUGAGUUGCACGAUAUGGUAAAAGGUCUCUCACAAAAUCAAAAGCUUACUAUUAAAUUAAAGGCCAAGUUGGAAAAAAAAAUUGUUCAAUUGGAAGAAAAGAUUGUUCAAUUGGAACAAAAAUUGAUCAAUGAAGAACAAAUCAAAAUAAUCCUUACUUACACGUAAAAUUAUCAAAUAUUAUACUUAUUCCUUUUUUUAGCUAGUUAAUAUUCAGUUAAAAUUUUAUUUGAUUACAUAACCAAAU